GUUAAACGCACUACUGUGUGAGCGUCUUCAUUUAAUGAUAUAAACAAGCAUAAAACAAUAGCGUUCUUAAAACUGCUGAAAUACCCGGAAGAGCAAUACAAAUCAGUGUAAAGAUGGUGAGGCUGCAAUAGACCAUGACUCGUCCAUACCAGUGCUUUUAUACUACAUCUGCUGCUUUAAGAACAACAAACAAGGGGGGUGUCUGAGAAGAGCCUAGAAGAGUUUAAAGUUGUGAAUGAGUUACUUAUUCUGACGCCGUGGUGACGACACAACGCGUUCAUUUUGCACUCGGCCUAAAAUAUCUCAACUGCAUUUUUAUAUCAAGUCUAACCGCCGUGUUUCUGAAGGUAGAGGCGUUUGAAGAGUGCUAGCCCGCGCGGUUCGACUCCUGUGUGUGUGUGAGCAAAGCCGGAAGAUGAACCGGUCGGGUAAGCUCCGAGUGGCUGUGGUUGGAGCAGGGGCCGCGGGGUUAUGUGCAGCUCGUCACAUCCUGUCUCGAGCCGAAUCGUUCGAGCCGCCCGUGCUGUUCGAGCGUAGCGCGCGCGUGGGAGGCACGUGGUGCUACGAGGAGCGCGUGGGCACUGAUGAUGAUGAUGGCUGGUCGGUCCACAGCAGCAUGUACAGAGACCUCAGAACCAACCUGCCUAAAGAGGUCAUGAUGUUUCCUGAUUUUCCAUUUGACUCCCACUUGCCCUCUUUUCUGACCCACUGGGAUGUUCAGCGGUAUUUAGAGAUGUACUGCAAGACUCAUGACAUCACGCCACACGUUAAGUUCAACACUAUGGUGGAAGAGGUGAAACCCAUCUCCAUGGAGACAGAUGAAGGGGGGGGCAUGAGGUGGGAGGUAAUUUCGCGUGGCAUGCACGGAGGACAUAGCACACAGACGUUCGACUCUGUGUUCAUCUGCAGUGGUCACUACUCUGCACCCCGUUUGCCCUCCAUCCCGGGAAUAGAGCAUUUUAAAGGAAAGGUGAUGCACAGCCACUCUUAUCGCUGCCCAGAGCCUUUUGCCCAUCAUUCUGUUGUGGUCUUGGGUGCUGGAGCAUCUGGGGUUGAUAUCUCGUUUGAGCUGGCUCAAGCUAAAGCCCAGGUGAUUUUGAGCCAUAAUAAGCCAUCUCUGCCAUUUUCUUUGCCCCUGGAAAUCCAGCAGGCACCUCCUUUAAUGAAGGUGCUGGAUGAUGGAUCUCUGUUCUUCCAGGAUGGUUCAGUGGCCCAUGCGCAAGUUCUUCUGCUUUGCACUGGAUACAAUUAUCACUUCCCAUUCCUUUGCCCAAAACAGCUUGGCCUGGAGGUGCAGCACCACCUAGUGGCUCCUCUUUACAAGUACCUGGUGCUUCCAGCCUUUCCCUCACUAUUUUUUAUAGGUUUGUGUAAAAUCAUCUGCCCUUUUCUUCACUUUCAUUAUCAGAUCCAGUUUGCACUUGCGGUUCUUGAUGGCACUGUGCAGUUGCCCUCACGUGAGUUGAUGGAAGAGGAUGCACAGAGAGAGAGGCAAAGAAAAACACAGAUGGGUGUUCAGGUGAAACACCUCCUGCAAAUGGAUUCUGACCAGUGGGAUUACUAUGUGAGUCUGGCAACGACAGCAGGGGUGCCACCUCCAAAUCCAGUUAUACAGAGUCUCUAUAAUGAAGUAGCGAGACAACGACGGGCAAACCCUCAAGCCUACAGAGAAAUUAACUACAGACUGGUUAAUGCCACUGAGUGGCAGGUUGUCAUUACACCAUCUGAACAAAGAUAAUAUUUAGUUAGAGAUGUUUAGUCGCAGUAAAUCAAGGCAAAUGCACUUCUCAACAGUCAUUCAAAGCACUCUGUCGCUUGUAAUCAAAUGAAUUCUUCAUCUGGUUUAUCAGAACUAAUUCAACAGAACUGUUUUUUCCCCCCCAUAUGCAAUAAACUCAUUUCCGAAUCAAUAUGAAUUGAAAAACUAAUUACCCUUUCACUGACGCAAACGUAGGGCCCCUGAAUGUUCACAAAAGGCUGAACCUUUUCUGAAAGAUGCAAAAUAUUUUUAAGGUUACAUUGCAAGUUCACUGGCCUUGAUUGAAUAUUUCUAGAUAUUCAAGAUAAAAAUUACUAAAAAUUCUAGCAACAACUGCAGAAUACUUCUUCACAGACAUUAAAGGACCAAGACAGUGUGAUGCCAGUUGUCUCACACAUGUGAUCUUUUCAUUACUUGUCAUAUUAAUCUAUUAGAGGUACUCUAUUUUGGUUAUACUGAUUGAGGCUUUGAAACACUAAAUCUGUCCAUAGCAUUCUGAAUUUAUUCUGGAGAUGUAAACUUCUACAUUAAAGGAAACCAUGAACCAAACAUAUACUUUUUAAGUAAGGUAUAAGAAAUGUCUCUAUGGCUAUUCUAUAACAGUAAAGAUAAUAUGCAAAUAUAAAAUGUUUUACUGAUAUAAAUGAGGAGGAUUUUAUGAAUAUUCAGGUAUAUUGGGACACCAGGUUAAUUGGGACACUAUAAAAUAGCAGCUUUUUUUCUGGUUUUAUAAGUGAAAGGUUACUAAGCCCUUUUGUGGUACUGCUUAACAGAAGUAACGUAAUUUCUGUGACAUUAGAUAAGGGAGUGUGGUCGGUAUCAGACAGGAAGCUGACCCCAAAAAGCUUAAGAUAGGAGUAUAGGCAGGGACAUAUGCUUUGGCUAGUUUUUCUUAUAAGGUUAUACAAUUGCAAUGACUAAUAUAUUACAGAUAUUUAUGAUGCAUGUAUGGAUACAAAAUAAAUAAGCAUAAGGUUUAUUCAAAUCAUGUACAUAUGUUAACGUAAACAUGUUCAAGAUGACUAAUUGGACGACUGAGCAUACAUAAUUAGGAGAGUUUUCCAAAGAUGUAAGUAUGCAGAGGUUUUUAAUGAGGGCACGGUGUUAAUUUAGUUUUUGAGAAUGAUACCAAUCUUUGUUUUUAGUUUAAAUGCUAC